AUGCGUGCGAUAAGACGCUUUUACCACGAGGAGAUGAUCAAAGAAAAAUCUACCCUUGAGAGUGCUAGCUCAGAAAUGUCACAAAAAUUGGAAGCUGAAGAGUGGGAACAAUGUGUGCAACUGAACGAGAAAUGGAAUGCCCAAGUGGCUGCAGAGCGAGAGGAGAGGAGGAAAAAGGAAUUGGAGGCAAUGGAAGAGUACGCUCUUAAACGCAUUGAAGCUAAAGAUAAAGCUUUAAGAAAGAGAAUUGUAAAGGCCUCUGAAAAAAUUAAAGUGCAAAAGAGUCUCAGCAGUACUUUUAUCACACCAGAGAAACUGGAUGAGGCAAUAGAUUAUGCACUAGCCAACCCAAUAGACUACAAUUUUGCUAUUGACCUACAAGGCCAGCGAUAUUAUGGAAGAGACACACCUAUACCAUCCAGAGAAAAGAAGCAGAAGGCCGUCGAAAACAAU